UGUGGUGCUACACAAAAGGGGGCAUUCUCUAAUCGGUGGAACUUGGACAACGAAUGCUGGAAGUGCGGGGACUAGCUCAUCACAGAGGGAAGGCUGUGCAGAGUAUUUCUUACAUACAAACACUUUUAUUCUGGGAGAUUGCUAACUUCCUAAGUGCAAUUAAGGAGAGUCAAGGCCAAAGUAUUGCUGAUGACGGCAAUCUCCCACUAGAGAAUUGGAGUGAAACAGGAGCACAGCAGAAGACCGUUCUACGGAGUGGCCUGUUGUUUUUUCAAGUGCUGCAGAAAAGAUUGCUGGAACCCUGGGCAGAGCCUUGAAACACUGAGAAAAAGUACAAGAGGGCAAGGGCAGCACGAUGGACAUGUACGAAGACUUUCAGGAGAACGGAUCCUCUCUAGACAACGGAAGUGACCUAAUGGGCAAGUUCAUGUUUGCUGCGCCUGGCUGCGAGGGCAUGACGUUUGAAGACUGCAUCAAAUGGCAGUUUCUCUACUCUUACACGCAUCCCACAAGCGUGGCUCUCAUAACUCUGUACGGCCUUAGCUUCCUCGUGGGAGUGGUGGUGAACUUCCUUGUCCUUUACGUCAUACUGACAGAGAAGCAUAUGCACUCCGUGGCUAAUGUCUACAUCGUAAACUUGGCUGUCUGUGACCUGCUCGUGCUAUUCCUCUGCAUACCAAUGAACAUGGGACGCGAGAUCUAUCGAAACUACAUUUAUGGAGAGGUGAUAUGUAAGUUCUUCCCCUACAUGCAAGCGGUGGCUGUCUCGUCGAGCGUGCUGUCCCACACGGCCAUCAGUCUGGACCGAUACUACGUCAUCUGCAAGCCCCUGCAGAGCCGCGCUCGGUCUGUGAAGAAGAGCACGAUGCCCGUGCUGUGCUCGAUCUGGGUCAUCGCGACCAUCAUCAUGUUUCCGCUCGCUUACUUCAACUCCAUCACCUCGGUUGACCUGGCCGUGCCCAUCGAUCUGGAGAUCCUGAGCUGCCAGGAGUCGUGGCCCUCCACGCCCUGGAAGCUGGGCUACAACAUCGCGCUGUUCGUCAUACUGCUGUGCGUGCCCUGCAUCAUCAUGGCCAUCAACUACGUCCUCAUCGCCUUCAAACUGUGGAACCAGAAGGCCGACCUGUUCGCGCAGGACAGCAGCCGUCCGCAGACCCCGCGGGGCAGCAGGCAGGACAGCCCGAGCACGCGCCAGUCCAUGGGCAGACGGAGGGUCGUCAAGGUCUUCGUGGUGCUCGCCAUCGUCUUCACGGCCUCCUGGCUCCCUUACUACAUCUUGAACAUCUGGCUGGACCUCCAGCCCGAGGAAAAGUUGGAGGGAGUGGCGCUACUCCUGUACGACUUUGCCCUGUGUCUGGGGAUCUCGAACUCUGCCGUCAACCCUGUCUGCUACUGCUUCCUGUCCAAGCCGCUCCAGAGGGGGCUCCAGCAGAAGUUCAGGAAGAAAUCCCAGCAACAAAGCACCAGUGUCCGUCUGACGCUUCACCAACUUUCCGUCCAAGAUCCAGGCAGCGUCCACAGUAGGCACAGGCACUGUCACUCUCGCUUAUUGAGAAGCAAGUCGUCAAUACAGUAAAACUGCAUUUUCCCAUAAGACUACAUGUAUGUAUACAUGUAAUGCUAGUUCACCUUUAUUUGUGGGGUAACCUAUAUCCGUAGUUUUUUAAUACAGGAAGUAUUAAGGGAUGUCAGGUCCACGGUGGUUUCAAACUGCAAUGUUUUGAAAAUAUCACAAUUUUAAAACAACCGUCUUUUGACUUGAUGUCCCUGAAUACCAUGUUUUUUAAAACAACGGAUAAAGGUUAACGACCGAAUAAAGGUGAAUUAGCGUUACAAUGUACAUUGUAUUCCUCCAUGAGACUUUUAUGUGUGCAAUCUGAGGUAAGCUAAAAAACAACAUUUCCCAUUUCAUUCCUCUUGCAGAAAGUAUUUUUUUAACAAUUGCCUGAAAAAGUGAUUUUGGACAAACAGUCUCUUUGAAAGUUGACUAACAACAUAAUGAUUAUGAAAAGUAGAAACCUGUAGAAACCUCUGUAUAGAUGCUGCACACCUGAACCAUUCCCCAAUGUACAUAACUCUAUUACGAAAAUCCAUUAAACUCGGGAGUGGAAAAACAUUUUUCAGCAUAGCAAGCAAUUAUAACAUUUUUGUGCAUUGGACUAAUAAUACAACGUACCAAAAUCACUUUGCUGGUAAACAAGUGACAUAUAAACCCCAAGAGGUCAUAGACAGACUAUAACCCCAUUUAUGAAUCUAACUGGAAAGUGUCUGGAAACCAUUUCACAGCAAUGUUACUAUAAUUCUAUUUAUAUGCAGCACUUCAUAGCACAUGGUUAAGUAUAUCGAACAGCACAUGGACCAGUUCAGGUUGCAUGUAGGUGCAACAUAUGGAACACUUGCACAGCUACAAUACUAUCUGCAUUAACCUGUACAGGCAGGUGGUAUUUCUAGCCCGACAGUUGCUCAGAAGUACAUGUAGCAUUCAUAUUUUCUUAAAUAAAGUACACCCCCCAAUUUGGAGCAAGUCUCAGACUGAUCUGUGGGACUGAAAGGUAAAAUGGAAAAACUCAAAUUAAGUAUACACCUCAUCUCAACCAAUUUUGAACAGACCAUGAAGUGGAUGAAUUCAAAUUCAUUGUGUUUUCCCCAGGUUAUUUUGCAUGAA